GAUGCGAGUGCGCUGCGAUAGAAGAAAAAACAGGGUCGAAACGACAACCGAAGGGAGGACUGUGUAGUGUAAUCAUGUGUCAAGAAUCACGUGCUGCUGCUGCUGCUGCUACUGCUGCUGGCCUGCUGCUGCGCGGCGAGCGCCGUCGCCGAGGCGGGCCUCGGCGGAGAGCGCGAUUAUGCGGCCUUUUCCGCGACCCGCACAAAGAAGAGGCGCCCUCCGUCAGCCUCGACCUGCCACCGGCUCGCGUCGACCGACCCGGCCGCGUGCCACACCUCCACAGCCCAGUGCGCCAGCCCGCAGAAGUUGCCCUCCUCGAUGCCCCAUCCCGUGGGCCACGCGGCCAAAGCGGUGCCGAGAGGCGGCGGCGGCGCCGCGGUCGCCUCGAGACGCGCCGCGACGGCGUCAAAGGCGAUCCGCCUCGCGCCCGUCGCGGCCGCCUCGGCCAGCAGCGCCUCCCCGGCCAGCCGCGGGAGGUCGCCCUCCGUCUCGAACCAGCACGACGAGCGGCCGUCGGCGCACGCCUCGUCCCACGCCUUGAGCUGGCGGACAAAGGCCGCCAAGCUCUUGAGGCCGGGCGAGGGCGCGGCGGGCGACGGGGCAAGGGAGCAGCCGGGCGAGGAGAGGUAGGAGGUGCUCGCCGGCG